GACAGCUCCCGCAUUCACUUGUGCGACAACCGACACUUGAUGAGAGCAGGACGAGGUUCAUUGCCUCACAAUGCUUCGGUCUCUCGCGCCUCCAUAUAGCCUACGACCGCUCCUUCAGCCAAAUGACUGACGACUCGCCGAACGACCUGAACACCGGUCACUUUGGGAUACCCGCAUACGACCUCGAGAACAGUCGCUGGGCUUUUGUCCGGGCCUCUACUGGCGCAGGCUUCCGACAGCUUGACCCGUGGACGACUGUUGUGCCUCCUGCAAUACGUUUUCCUGCGCCCUGCGCCUCACGAACCCUGCGGGAUGCCCGACAAGCGACCAAGAGCCUCUCCCGCGACUUCCCUGAGCUUGUGCCAGCGUCCGAGCAUGUGUCGCAACUCGAGCCAGUUUCUGCUGCUGCGACGGCUUCCCCCAAAGCGCAUGACGCCACUGUCGGGCAGCUGAUGUCUUUCGGGACCAUCACACCACUGAGCAAUCGAGCUCAUCUCGCAAAACGCGUUGUCGCACUGCCCGCAGGCGAAGGCGGGAACAUACUUCAGUUACAAUUGCUUUCCAAGGAAAAGCGUGGAUGGGGCUCGGGCGCAAUUAGCGAUUCGCGUUGCUAUUUGGACUGUCUCUCUUGGAAAGGCGGCCGUGGCUUCUGGAACCAGGACGCAACAGCCAUACAACAAGUCUGCUUCGCUCAGCCGGAGAGGUCGGGGGCUUUUCUUGCGGUACGGCUGCCACAAAGGGUUGUCCUCUUUCGUCCGGCUUACCGCCGUCGUCCGGCUGCUGCUGUCAGAUCUCGUCUAUAUGACCUCCCGCCUUCGGCCAUAGACUGCCAUCCCUUCCAUUCCGUCUCCACCAAGGAGACUGGCAACAUACCUCAUGCCGAUGUGACAUUCAAUCCUCAUUAUCAACGUCAGUUUGCGAUCGUUGACCAAAAGACAAGCUGGUCUGUGUGGGAUAUUGAUGGCACCCGAGGCAGCUAUGUCGUGAAGCGUGUGGCAUCCAAGAUCAUGCCUGCUGAAGAAGAAGACGGCAACAAAGAACAAGAAGAAGGCCUAGAGCCUUGGAGGGAAGACGGUUGGGCCCGCAUCGUGUGGGUUGGCGAUGCCAACACUGUCCUAGUCUGUAAUCGCAAACGAAUGGAGCUCAUCGACCUCAAACAACCUACGCGUUCUCUUAGUAUCCCACAAGUAAUCGACUGGCGUCCAACGAAGAAUUCAUCACCAUCCUGGAUCCUGGAUGUCAGAAGACACCCGCUGCUAGACGAGAAACUCUUCUUUGUGCUCACUUCCACCCGCCUGUAUUUGUUCGCGGUCACGUCCGACGAACCGCGUGGCAACUUUGGCGAUCUUGAUGCCGUCAUCGUUCUGUCGUGGACGCACUUCAGAGGAACGGAAGAUAUUACGCUGCGGCUUCAUACUCAGUCGAUAUCAGAUAAAGAAACGGUGGUCUUCAUUCAUUCGCGCGUGAACACAUUGAUAACAGUGUACCGUUUGGUGGACCAAACGUCUAUCGGGGCCCCAUAUCGCACCUUCGGGCCGACCAUGCUUCGCCUCGAUAAUUUCGACAAUGCGCAAUCCUCUAAGCUCUUCAUUGACCUUAACUUGGCUCGUGUCGACUUCAAGGAAACAUUGGGAGACUCUAGGGGAGUGGGUGACGAUUACAUGAAUCGUGAAAUCCAAUUCUACCAACUAUCCGCUGUCUUCGAUGAUCUUAGCGUGGCCCAGACUAUGCUAUGCAGCUUGGGGCAUGAUUCGGGUGACGUCACCCUCGAAGACGUCAAAUCUACGUCUUGGGCCACUGCCGUCAAAUCGGUCGUCGUGCGUUCGAAAGACAUCGUGGACAGCGAUGAAGACGACUUUGUUGAGCCAAAUGGCCUUAUUCGUUCGAACGAGCCGCAUCUGAAAUCUGAAUUCCAGCAGCUGAAGCGAUACGAGAACGAGGCCGCUUCUUCAUCCCGAGACGUCUUCGACUUCACUGACCUGUACGAGGCCAUUGGCUCGAACAAUCCGUUUUCACUGUACCAGGCGGAUUCAUUGUCUGAGAGCAUCGAUGUCGUGGGCUUAGUGGAAGAGAUCAUCUGGCGACUUGACAGAGAAGAGAACGUGGAGCCUUUCACGCUGGGGACAUUGCAAGAAUAUGCAGAGGCAAUUGUGACUGUGCAAGACAUCGAAGAUGCCUCUACAAAGCUGCAGGACUUGCUUUUUCCAAAACAAUAUGCGUCUUCUUUGGAGCCCCACAUGAUUGCAUCGGCUCUCGUCCUCGGCUUUGGCGACCAGAGAGCUCAGGCUUCUUCACUGUCGUCUGUUUACGACCUGGUCCUCCAGAAUUGGCUCGCAUCUUUGCCAGGGGCUAUCCCCGCCCGGAUCCGGCAAAGCAAGGAGCGCUCGGCCCGCCGUCUCGCAGGUGAAAUACUAAUGGCUAGCACGCGAAUCCGUCAUUCAAUCCAUCAAAAAAGUCCUCCAGCCUUUGGCACCGGCUUCAACCAGCAUGUCGCUGCUGAACGCUCGUCUCCUCCGCACUCAUCCUCUCAGGUAGACUUGCGCUUACAAUCUUCGCAACCUAGCGAUCCUGCCAGCCUUGACAAUCCGCGGACGUCGAAUAUCACUCUCAGUGGCCCACUGGCACGCCUGAGCAAAUACCUGCACAUGAACAAUGUCACACCUCCGGAUGUACCACCAAGCAUUAAACAAGUCCUCUCCCAUUGGCAGCUUCAGGCCGAUCCUUUUACAUACGACUGGGAAGGCACCGAACGAGCCUUUGCAGAGGAGCUCGAAUUAGAGCAAGAAGGCGUGUCAAAGAAACGUGAGAGGGCUCGCCGAAAGAAAGAACGGCAAGUGAAGAGGCAGAGGAGAGAAAACGAGCUCUUCACAGGUAGAGUCGAGACUGGGAGAACCGAAAGUCAGCCACAGCUGCUGCGAAGUUCGCCUGGUCCGGCUGCUCCAGCAGCCAGUAGCCAGCCUGCGCCAAGUCACAGUCAGAUGUUUGUUGUGCAAAGUCAAGUGGAGCCGGGUAAGCACGGUGGGAGAUCGAUGAAGAAGAAGAAAGUCAAGAGUAGGAUGAGUGGGUUUUGAAAAGUCUCAGGUCGAGGCUUCUCUAUGCUCUACAUUACAGCUUUUUGGAAUGGACUGGGUGGCUUUGCCAUGCGCGUUUUGCCAGACGCGGACUGUACAAUGUCAAGGUCGGUUGUCUUUAAGCUAUCUAAGCUUGCAGUGCACAGUACUAUACUAUCACAAUACUAUGACAAAAUAAAACCAAU